AUGCUACCCAUGAUCGAAUGCCUCAAAUACUCUCCACUCACAAACGCUCAAUCCAGAAUGGAGAAUGUUCCUCUCUCAAUCCUAUCUAAGGCUUACUCAUCAGCAAACUACAUUAAGGAAGAACAGAGGAUCAUGUGUGAGAUCCACGACUGUAAGACUUCAAUCACUAAAUCUUGGUUCUUUUCUCCCCUACAACUUCCUCAAACUGAUGAUAUGAUUAACCUUGAGUCAGUAACCAGUGUCGCUCUUCUUGAAAUGUUCUACCAGAUGGGUUACAAAGAAACCCUAACAGCCGUCUCGAAGUUUAGGAAGCCCAAUCUGCCUCCCCAAUGGAACGACCUAUUCACCUUACUUUUCAAGGGUUUUUCUAAAAUGGUGACCGGAUCAGAGUAUGCAAGCAAGUUAUUCAUGGCGAUUCUCAAUGGCCUCUACAUAGGUUCCAAUAUCGACUACAGCUUUGUGCUUUGGGCUCAACUAGUUCAGAGCACACUCUCCACUACAUGUCACAGUGAAAUCUCUUGUACCCGUUUUUCGACUCUAAUUGUCCACCACUCCAUUGAUAGGCUCAAAAUCUCACUGAUGCAAGACACGUUGAUGGCUUCAAUCUCUACUUUUCACACUAUUGGGAUUAUCAUUUCCGAUUCUUCAAGUUUUCCUUCAUUGGUUCAAUCCCAUAAGCCAUGUUUUGACAUGUGCCACCUUCUAGAAAAAUCUUGGAGGGGUUUGAAGAAGGGAGACAAGAACACUAUUAAUAAGGAAGGACCAUCAACCCCUGCAAAACCUCCCACAAAACGAAAAGCACCAACGGGAAUUUCUGCGGCUACUCCCAAAAGGCAAAAACAACCUAGUCAUAGGCGAAAGUCCCCUACUCCCAGUGAAGAUGAAAGUUUGAAGUCUGAGACUCAGUCAGACAUUCGCGUUGAGGAAGAAGAACCACAUGUUCACAACGAGGAGGGAGAGUCAGUUCACAAUGAGAAGUUUGCUUCUAAUCCUAAGGUAACUAAAUCACACACUGAUUUUGUUCCUUCUUCUCCUACUUCACCUAAAACCACUACAACACACAUUACCAUUGCACCAUACCCUCCUCCAAUAUCAUCUACACCUCAAACCACCAUUCCUCUUUCUACUCCUCACUUUACAGAUUCCACAACCCCACCAAUCACCUCAGCCAAACCUGGUGUUUCUAUCAACGCAUCUGAUGCCGGGGCUGGAGUAUCAGGUUUCACCACUACUCAUAUUUCUCCAUUGAUUUCCCCGUUUCGCACUGAUGAUCCUGAUAUGAUCUAUGGGGAUAGUGAAGAUGACUUGCAAGGAUUCACUUUUAGUCCUUUCACCAUCAAAACUAGCAGUAAUGAUGAAGCUCUAGUUACGAAGGGGCAACUCAAAGCUAUUCAUGACAAGCUUGACUCAUUGCUUCAAUAUGCCAAGCCUUCCUCAUCUGAUGACUACUCAUAA